AUGUCUGCCGUUCAGCCUGUCGCAGUCUAUGCCCUUCGGGUCCCAGCUGGUGCUAUGGUUGAGGCCGUUCCCAAUGCCUCCGCUUCGUUCCGCAUCACCAUGGCUGCCAUCGACCCCGAUGAAGCCCCGGAGUAUGAGGAUGAUGAUGACACCAGCAAGCCUUCCCGGGCAACCCUGAAGAUUGUCCGUCCUCCUCCCGGUAUGGAUUUGGAUGACGAAGAUGAUGAGGACUACAGUGACGAGGAAGAUGACGAGGAAGACUCUGAUGACGAGGAGGUCAACGGCGGCCCCAGCGACAAGGAGAAGAUCCGCAAGCUCAGAAUGGCUGCUGCCCAAAAAGAGCUGGAAGAUGCCAUGGAGGAGGAUGAUGAUGAGGAUGAUGAUGAGGAGGAGGGUGGUUUUGAUCUGAAGGCUGCUAUUUCCAAGCUUAUCAAGGGCAAGGCCCCUCUUGGCGACGAUGAGGACGAUGAGGACGACGAGUCCGAAGAGGGUCUGGAACUCGAUGAGAACGUCGUCUGCACCCUGAGCGCCGACAAGAACUUCCAACAGCCUCUUGACAUCACCAUCUGCGAGGGUGAACGUGUUUUCUUCAAGGUCACUGGUAACCAGAGCGUUUUCAUUACUGGAAACUACGUCAUCAGCCUUGAUGAGCACGAUCAUGACCAUGACCAUGAUGAUGAUGAUGAGGAGGAUGAUGAAUACGACCUGUCUCCCGAUGAGGAGGAGCUUGACAUGGAGCAGCUCCUCGCUAUGGACCAGGACAGCGACGACCUUGACGACAUUGAAGACCCCCGCAUCACUGAAGUCGACAGCGAUGAGGAGGAGGCUCCCAAGCUGGUUGAGGCCAAGACCAAGAAGGGCAAGAACAAGCGUGCUGCCGAAGAGGGUCUCGAUGAUUUGAUGGCCAAGAGUGCCAAGGGCAAGGCUGCCAAAGAGGAACCCGCUCUCACCAAGGCCCAGCAGAAGAAGCUCAAGAAGAACAACGGUGACGCUGCCGCUACAGCUGCUGCCGCCGUUGAGACCAAGAAGGAUGUCAAGAGCGACAAGAAGGUUCAGUUCGCCAAGAACCUCGAGCAGGGCCCUACCCCCUCUGCCGAGAAGCCUACUGGCACUCUCGGUGUCAAGGAGGUCAAGGGUGUCAAGCUUGAUGACAAGAAGCUCGGCCAGGGCCGUGCUGCCAAGCAUGGUAACACUGUCUCCAUGCGAUACAUUGGUAAGCUUGAGAACGGCUCUAUUUUUGACUCCAACAAGAAGGGUAAGCCCUUCUCCUUCAAGCUCGGAAAGGGUGAGGUCAUCAAGGGUUGGGACAUUGGUAUUGCCGGUAUGGCCGCUGGUGGUGAGCGUCGCUUGACUAUCCCUGCUGCUCUCGCCUACGGCAAGAAGGCUUUGCCGGGUAUCCCCGCCCACUCCAAGCUUAUCUUCGAUGUCAAGCUGCUUGAGAUCAAGUAA